GAUGACACAACUCUUCAUACAGAGUCGAACAGCUACAAAGUAUUCUGUGCAUUCCUUGGUUUGUUUUCUUUACCUGCCUCGCUGUCAUUCUGAUAAUUUAAAACAUGCUAAUCACUCUGUUUUUCUCCCUUCUGAUGUCUUCUGUCGUUGCCACAGAGAAAGACAAUGCCCUUCCCAGACUGACUGACACCAAAUCUGCUGAGGCCUUUAUCGACUCUGCUGAAGUGGUGGUCAUUGGAUUCUUAGAGGGAGAGGAAAGUCACGGCUAUCAGGAACUCGUUGCAGCUGCAAAGCGAGUUGACUCCGUCCCUGUAGCCAUCUGCACUGAGAAAGAGGUGUGGGCAGACUACAACCUCUCCUCAGAUACCAUCACCCUUUUCAGAAAGGCAGAUAAUCACCAGGAGAACCUCGUCAUUGCAGAAGCCAAAAAGUUAGAAGCUGACGGUCUUGUUAACUUCAUCACCAUCAACGAGGUCCGAUACAUUACAGAAUACAACCAAGUGACCGCAGUGGGCCUGUUUCAUUCAGAGGUGAAGACACACCUCCUGCUCUUUGCCAACAGAGGGAGUAAAGAAUACACUGAGCUCAGGGAGCGACUGGGAGCUAUGGCCCCUGAAUUCACAGGCAAGUUUUUGUUUGUGCUAAUCAACGGAGCAGUGAAGUCCAACUCCCGGUCACUGGGCUACUUUGGCCUUAAGUCUAAGGACCUCCCUCGGGUUGGUAUGUAUGAUGGUGACUCGGACAUGAAGUGGCUCCUGCCGGAGGGAGAGAUCUCUACUGAGCGGGUACGGGAGUUCUGUCAGUCCUUCUUACGAGGUGAACUGAAGGAGGUGAAGCAGGCAGGAACAGAAGCAAAAACAGAGCUCUAAGACUCUAAAACAAAUGUAAAUGAAUUAUUAAAAUAAAGACUAAAUGGAAAA